AUGCCAGUGCUCGCUAUUAAUGCUGAGUCAGAAACAGGUAUCCCAAAAUCCCUUUCUAAUGAUCUUCCAUCAGAAACCAUGGAGGAGAUAGAACACACAUGCCCUCAGCCUCGGUUGACUUUGUCUGCACCUGCUCCAUUUGCAGGUGAAACAAGCUGUCAGUGCAAAGCUCCUCAUGAGAAGCUAACCAUUGCUCAGGCCCGCCUGGGAACACCAGUUGACAGACCUGUCAGAGUGUAUGCAGAUGGGAUAUUUGAUCUCUUCCAUGCUGGUCAUGCUAGAGCUCUUAUGCAAGCUAAAACUCUCUUCCCUAAUAGCUACUUGUUAGUAGGAGUUUGCAGUGAUGAUCUAACGCAUAAGUUUAAAGGAUUCACUGUAAUGAAUGAAGCUGAGAGGUAUGAGGCCCUCAGACACUGCCGCUACAUAGAUGAAGUAAUUAGAGAUGCUCCAUGGACACUUACACCUGAGUUUCUGGAAAAGCAUAAGAUUGAUUUUGUAGCUCAUGAUGAUAUUCCAUAUUCUUCUGCUGGGUCGGAUGAUGUGUAUAAACACAUAAAGGAAGCAGGAAUGUUUGUACCAACUCAGAGAACGGAAGGCAUCUCAACUUCAGACAUUAUCACCAGAAUCGUACGUGAUUAUGAUGUGUAUGCUCGUCGUAACCUUCAGAGAGGAUAUACUGCCAAGGAGCUGAAUGUUAGCUUUAUAAAUGAGAAGAAAUACCGUUUUCAGAAUCAGGUAGAUAAAAUGAAGGAAAAAGUGAAGAAUGUUGAAGAAAAAUCUAAAGAAUUUGUGAAUCGAGUGGAAGAAAAAAGUCAUGAUCUCAUUCAGAAAUGGGAAGAAAAAUCCAGAGAAUUUAUUGGCAACUUCUUAGAGUUGUUUGGACCAGAUGGAGCUUGGAAGCAGAUGUUUCAAGAGAGAAGUGGCCGCAUGCUCCAAGCUUUGUCUCCAAGGCAAAGUCCUACAAGCAGUCCAACGCGAGGACGAUCCCCAUCACGGUCUCCAUCUCCCCCUUCUCCCUGGCUCUUCAGGAAAGCAUCACCUCCUUCAUCUCCAAAAGCUGCCUCAGCAUCCAUUAGCAGCAUGAGUGAGGGAGAUGAGGAUGAAAAGUAAAAAAGAAAAAAGAAGAGACUCAAAAUACAAAAAUGGCCCUCUAAUCUAGAAGUAAAGUGGGUGAAACAAGAAAAGCAAUGCACUGGGUAUUUCUGAAAUGGGAAGGGGGUACCACAUGGGCACUGAAGAUCUCAGCUACAGCACAGGUACUUACAGAAGGGGGUGGGUGUGGUUUGCUGGACCAGCAGUGAACGAUUAAAAGAAUAUGCAAAAUAUCUGAGUUCUUUACCAACAAUUCUGAGAAAUGUAUUGUGUUGUUCCAGUUGUUUGCUGCUAAAGCUGCUGAAGAGUUAUGUGGAGUCUUGCAUAAAAGAGAAUUGUACACUGUUUGAGAGGAAGCAAGCUGGUGCAUAGAAUUAAGUGACAAUCCCUUUGCUAGACCAGAUGUAACUACAUUUGAACUCAAUUGCAUAACUGCUACAAACUGGACCUUUUCAGAUCAAAUGAGAACUAUUACAUGGAAGCAGCAAAAAGCUCCCUCAUUGCAAGCAAAGGAAAGCAA